AUGAUUCAGAUACAAGAAGUAGCAAGGCAGGUCUAUGAUCUCGCUACCUCCGAUGAUCCUCUCGCGCCUUUGAUCAAGGAGGCUUUGGAUGUUAUCGACGAAGGACUCGAUGCAUGCGGGGAGGAUCGAGUCUCAAUCAGUUUCAAUGGAGGUAAAGAUUGCACUGUCCUACUGCAUCUUUUCGCUGGCGCAUUAGGGAAACGACGUUCAGCCUCAGAAUAUACAUCGCCUAUACCAGCGAUAUAUAUUGCAGUGCCUUCUUCGUUUCCAGUGUUGGAGGAUUUCAUCGAAGACGCAGUAAAAGACUACAACCUCGACCUAUUCUAUUGCAGGCCACCUCAGGAGGAUUCAAUCGAAACUGUGGUAACCCCUGCUGCUAGUUCAAUUACCAAAGGGCGUGACUACAUCCACCCAUUACCAGGUCCUCGGAGUGUUGGAAAAGCCAAGGGGGGAGAAGGUAUGCGUCAAGCUUUGGAGAUGUACAAGGCCCAGCUCCCACAUAUCAACGGUAUUCUAAUCGGUACCAGACGUACCGAUCCACACGGUGAUAGAAUAUCGUUUCGAUGUCCUACUGAUGAGGGAUGGCCCAAAUUCGACCGCAUAAACCCAAUCAUAAACUGGUCUUAUGCUGACGUAUGGACGUUCCUGCGCCAGCUCAAUAUUCCAUACUGUAAGCUUUAUGAUGAAGGCUACACAUCUCUCGGAUCCACUUAUAAUACCUUUCCAAAUCCCGCUUUACUUGUAACAUCAAAGCAAUCAGCAAAUUUAGACAUACAACCGCUUCCAUCUGCGUCUUCGAUAAUCUCGCCAACGACUGCACUCACUACUGUGAUGUCCAAUACGCAUGCAACUCCUCAGCUAGAUGCACUGACGAUUAAUCAAUCAUCAGAGUUUUCCUCACCCUCACAAUACCAUCCGGCUUACAUGUUGAAGGAGGAUCACUUAGAGCGUGCUGGACGGGGACUAAACAUUCCCGGUGUAACACUAUAG